AUGACAACUAUAUCUUCUUUCAACAGGCAACUAUCCAUUUUAGCUCUUCUUCUUGUCUUCCUCUCUACCCAAUCUUCUGCAACUUCCAAUGCUGUUACCGAUUGCUUCAUUCGAUGUUUAAACCACCGGUCGGACCCUUCCUUUCCGAUAACCGGACUGAUAUACACUCCCGGAAACUCAUCUUUUCCCUUCGUCUUGCAAACUUACAUCAGAAACCUUCGGUUCAAUGAAUCUACUACACCAAAGCCGAUUUUAAUCAUCACUGCCAAACAUGUUUCACAUAUUCAGGCAGCUAUCAUGUGUGGCAAAGAUAGCCGGCUGCUAAUGAAAACGAGAAGCGGCGGCCAUGAUUUAGAAGGUCUUUCCUACGUUACAAACUCAAACGAACCCUUCUUCAUUGUUGACAUGUUCAAUUUCCGGUCGAUUGAUGUGGACAUUGAACAAGAAACCGCAUGGGUCCAAGCCGGCGCGACUCUUGGUGAAGUCUACUAUCGAAUAGCCGAGAAAAGUAACACUCAUGGUUUUCCGGCGGGUAUAUGCCCCACGGUUGGUGUUGGUGGACAUAUUAGUGGUGGUGGAUGGGGUACCAUGAUGAGAAAAUAUGGUCUAUCAAUUGAUAAUGUUGUUGAUGCGCAAUUAAUCGAUGUGAAUGGCAAGUUAUUGAAUCGGAAGAGUAUGGGUGAAGAUUUGUUUUGGGCCAUCACCGGUGGUGGUGGUGUUAGUUUUGGGGUGAUUCUAGCAUACAAGCUCAAACUUGUUCGUGUUCCAGAAGCCGUGACCGUAUUUAGGAUCCAAAGAACAUCGGAACAAAACCUCAGCGCCAUCACCCAACGGUGGGCACAAGUUGCCGAUAAGCUAGAUAACAAUCUUUUCCUUAGAAUGACUUUGGAUGUCACAAACAAUACAAAUGGUGAAAAGACAGCCCGUGGUACAUUUCUAACAUUGUACCUAGGAAACUCCAGGAAUCUUGUUACAAUCUUGAACAAAGAUUUCCCCGAAUUAGGGUUACAAAAGUCAGAUUGUAUUGAAAUGAGUUGGAUUGAGUCUGUGCUUUACUAUACGAACUUCCCUAUUGGUACUCCAACCACCAUGCUUUUAAGGCGUACACCUGAAAUACUAGCCCGACUCAAGAACAAAUCCGAUUACUUGAAAACCCCUAUUUCUAAACAAGGUUUUGAGUUCAUAUUCGAAAAGAUGAAAGAACUUGAAAGUCUAACGGUGGAUUUCAAUCCAUAUGGUGGAAGAAUGAGCGAAAUAUCCGAAUUCGCAAAGCCUUUCCCGCAUCGAUCGGGUAACAUAGCGAAGAUUCAGUACCUAGUAAUCUGGGACGAAAAUGAAAUCGAUGCGGAGAAUCGUUACUUGAAUUAUUCAAGAAUGAUAUAUGAUCACAUGACUCCAUUUGUGUCUAAAAACCCUAGAUUAGCAUUUUUGAAUUAUAGGGAUCUCGAUAUAGGUGUCAACCACCAUGGAAGGAAUGCUUCAGCUGAAGGUAUGGUUUAUGGGCACAAAUAUUUCAAAGAGACGAAUUACAAGAGGUUAAGACAAGUCAAAGCUAGAGUGGAUCCUAAAAAUUACUUUAGGAAUGAGCAAAGCAUCCCAACUAAAUAAGUAUGACUUUUUCAGGGUUUGAAAGUCAAAUAUUGGGUUUGAAAGUCAAAUAUCAGAUAAUAAUGAUACAAUUUUGACUUGUAUUUUAUACAAUCAAGAUUAUAUGAUUCU